AUGGAUGAGCAUGUGCAGCAUUUGAGAAUGACUCUUGAAGUGUUAAAAAAGUAUAGUUUGCUGGCCAAACACUCUAAGUGCAGGUUUGCUACUACUAAAGUGUCAUACUUGGGCCACCUAAUUUCAGUUGAAUGUGUAAGGACCGAUCUUUAUAAAUUGGCAGCAAUGGUGAAUUGGCCAUUCCCCAAGACCCUCAAGUCUCUAAGAGGUUUUCUGAGGCUAACAGGGUAUUAUAAGAGGUUCAUAAAAGGGUAUGGAAGCAUUGCAACACUCUUAACACAGUUACUAAAGAAGAAUCAGUUCUUUCAAAAUGAAGAGGCUAAGGAGGCAUUUCAGAAUUUAAAGAGGGCUGUGACUCAGCCACCUGUGUUGGCUUUGCCAAAUUUCCCAUUGCCCUUUUGUAAUAGAGUGUGA